UCAUUACCCCUACAAGAGCCGCUUACCGCGCAAUUUGUAAGAAUUUGGAGCACGACAUGCGUUGAUCAAUUUAUAAUAAGUUCCGUUGCACCGGUAAGAAUUGAAAUGCCGCUAACUGUGGAAUGCGCAAAAAGGAGUUCAAUUCUGCCCUUAUUGAUGGAUCAAGUUUUCAAGAAGUUUACACGGGAAAGUAGCGGAAGUCUAACAAAACGGGAACGAAGACUCCUAUUUGUUGAAUUGAAUGCUUUGUUGAACAAGAGUCUUUUAGAACGUGCCCUUCGUCUUCUUGAUGAAUGGAUAUUCGUCGUUUACUAUUCACAGAAUCGACUGAACAGCAUAGUUGAGCUCAGCAGCAAGCGAAAAAAAUUAGACGUGGUACGCGUUAUACCAGACAUUAAUUAUUGCAAGUGUGGAUUCUUCCAGCGUAGUGUUCUUCAGCUAACCGGCGAAAAUAGCGACCGAUGUGAUCCGGAGAUUACCUGCGAACAUGUCUUAGCAGUCCGUCUACAUCAUGUUUUAAAUCGACAGUGCUCUAAGCAGGUACUAAGUUCGGAUGACUUUAUGGCGUACUUGUGUGACGUUUUCGAAGACCAAGCCGAAACUUGAUAAACUAGAAAAAUGGAACUGAAUCUUAUUUUGUUUAUUCCCAAUAGUGCUGCCACCCUGUAAACUG